CCAAGAGAUCAACAGGUCAUAGUUCCUAAGAGACCCGCCAGCAGUGACCAGGCUGCUACUACCUACUCCGUCAUCAUGAAACUCACACUAUUAGCGGUGGCCCUGUGCCUGAUGCUGGGGCUGGCCCUGGCACUCCCCGCCCCUGAAGCCUUGCCCAGUAAUGUUUUCGGGGCUUAUGGUGGUUAUGGUGGCUAUGGUGGUGGACCAGUAUAUGGUGGUAGACCUGGAUAUGGUGGUAGACCUGGCUAUGGAUAUGGCGGCUAUGAUGGAUACGGUUACGAGUCUUAUGGUCGUCACCACCACCGACACCACCAUCGACACCAUCAUCACGACGGAUAAGAUUGCUGGCUAAGGUCUCUGUCAACUGUCCGUCGGCGUCAACACACUGAUUUGUGGCCUCCGUCAACUGUCCUUAUGCAUAGCAACACUGUAAUAUAGCGUCUGUCAACUGUCCAUCGGAUAUUGACGUUAAUACACUGUUGUAUAGCUUCUGUCAGCUGACAGUUGGCGUCAGUGCACUGAUGUAUUGAUCAUAUUUGUAUUCCUGU